GUGUAAGAGUCUCUGACAUGCAUUCUAGCCCUCGCUAUAUGAAGUAAACUGACACUGUUGACAGCAACAAGUCAGAAUGGAGUUAGAUCGACCUGUGGAUGAACUACAGUUUUAUGUGAAUGGCAAAAAGAUUGUGGAAAAAAAUGCAGACCCUGAAAUGACCUUACUUUACUAUCUACGAAGAAAAUUGGGUCUGACUGGAACCAAACUGGGAUGUGCAGAAGGAGGAUGUGGGGCCUGUACUGUAAUGGUCUCCCGGUUUGAUGUAUUUCAGAAGAAAAUUGUACAUUACUCGGUCAAUGCUUGCCUGGCGCCCAUCUGCUCUCUGCACAAUGCAGCAGUAACAACGGUUGAAGGAAUUGGGAGUACCACCACCAGACUCCAUCCUGUGCAGGAGAGAAUAGCAAAAGCCCAUGGAUCCCAGUGUGGAUUUUGUACCCCUGGCUUUGUCAUGUCUAUGUAUACCUUACUACGGAAUAAUCCAAAGCCAACCAUGGAAGAGAUUGAAGAAACAUUUCAAGGUAACUUGUGCCGGUGCACAGGAUAUAGACCGAUUCUUAAGGGCUACAGUACGUUUGCAGUGAAUUCAGGUUGCUGUGGAAAAGCAAUUACAACUGAUUGCUGUAUGGAAAAUAAUAAGACAGUGCCUACUUGCUGCAAAACAAAAGGGAGCCAUGACACCCAUUGUCUAAAUCGAGAUAAGACUAACCCUGCGGAUCUAGUAACCAGACUUUAUGAUCCAUCAGAAUUUAAACCCCUGGAUCCAACCCAAGAGCCUAUCUUCCCACCAGAACUACAAUUACAUCAAAAAUUACUUCAGAAGUCAGUGUUGUUCAGAGGAGAGCGGGUCACAUGGAUUCAGCCUUCAAAUCUGGCAGAGCUUCUGGAACUCAAGUUUCAGUAUCCUAAUGCAAGGCUAGUAGUGGGGAACACUGAAGUAGGUAUUGAGAUGAAAUUUAAGGACAUGCUGUACCCUGUGAUAUUGGCACCGGUUUGUAUUCCAGAACUGAAGGCUAUCCAGCAGACUGAGACAGGAAUAACUUUUGGUGGUGCCUGCACUCUAACGUUCAUUAAAAAUGUUCUACAGAAGGCUGUUGAAAAGUUUCCAGAAUACCAAACAGAGACGUUUAAGGCUGUCCUCGAGCAGUUAAAAUGGUUUGCUGGAGAACAGAUCAGAAAUGUUGCUGCUGUUGCAGGAAACAUCAUGACUGCUAGUCCAAUCUCUGACUUGAACCCAGUCUUUAUGUCAGCGCAGUGUAAAGUGACAGUGGCAUCUAAAGAUGGCACAAGGGCAAUUCGGAUGGAUAGAAACUUCUUCAGCGGCUAUAGAAAGACAGUCGUUAAACCUCAUGAAAUACUGUUGGCUAUUGAAAUUCCUUUCACAAAGAAGGGGGAAUUUGUUUCAGUAUAUAAACAAUCAACACGACAAGAGGAUGACAUUGCCAUAGUGAAUAGUGCAAUGAGAGUUCUGUUUAGGGAAGGCACCAAUACAGUGGAGGAAAUACGACUGUGUUAUGGAGGAAUGUCAGAAAAAACGGCUUUGGCACAGACCACCUGUGAGACUUUAAAAGGGAGAGAGUGGAAUGAAGCAUUACUCGAGGAAGCCUGUAAACUUAUUGCCAAAGAGAUGACCCUAGAACCAUCGGCUCCAGGUGGAAUGGUCGAAUUCAGAAGGACCCUUGCCAUUAGCUUCUUUUUUAAAUUCUAUUUGACUGUACUUCAGAAAUUAUCCAGAUAUCUCAAUAAAAACAAUAACUAUAUUGAACAAAUCCCUCCAAGCUGGAUCAGUGCUACUGAGUUGUUUCACAGAGAUCCUCCAUCCAGUGUCCAGUUAUUCCAGGCUGUACCCCCUGGACAGUGUGUUGAAGAUGUUGUUGGCCGUCCAAUAAUGCACUUAGCAGCUGAGAAGCAAGCAACUGGGGAAGCCGUUUACUGUGAUGACAUGCCCCAUUUUGAAAAUGAGCUCUAUUUGGCAGUGGUAACAAGUACCAAGCCACAUGCCAAAAUAAUUGCAAUCGAUCCAACAGAUGCUCUGAAAAUGCCAGGUGUUGUGGACUUCAUCUCUGCCAAGGAUGUUCCUGGUAGCAAUCUAACUGGCCACCUUUGUUUUGAUGAAACCGUUUUUGCUGAGGAUACAGUGACCUGUAUUGGCUAUAUCAUUGGUGCAAUCCUUGCAGACACACAACCUCAUGCAAGACGAGCUGCCAAAGCUGUAAAGAUCACAUAUGAAGAGCUUAAACCCAUCAUCACCAUCCAGGAGGCAAUAGAAAAUGAAUCCUUUUUCUUGCCCAUAAGAAAAUUAGAGAAAGGAGAUAUCAAGCAGGGAUUUGAAGAAGCUGACCAUAUUUUAGAAGGAGAGAUGCAUAUGGGUGGACAAGACCACUUUUAUAUGGAAACACACUGUACAAUUGCUGUGCCUAAGAAGGAGAACGGAGAGAUGGAACUUUUUGCAUCAACACAGGCUGCAUCAGCUACACAGGGUUUGGUUGCUAAAGCUCUGGGAGUCCCAUCUAAUCGCAUUGUAUGCAGAGUGAAGAGGAUGGGUGGUGGAUUUGGUGGAAAGGAGUCCAGAACCACCAUGUUAUCAACUGUUGUGGCCAUAGCAGCCCAUAAAGCUGGCCGUCCAGUACGCUGCAUGUAUGACCGAGAUGAAGAUAUGCUAAUAACGGGUGGACGACACCCAUUUCUAGGUCAUUAUAAGGUUGGCUUUAUGAAGAAUGGAAAAAUUGUUGCUUUGGAUGUCACAUAUUAUAGCAAUGCAGGCAACAGCAUGGAUCUGUCAAUUGCUAUCAUGGAGCGAGCUUUGCUCCACAUGACUAAUGCAUACCAGGUUCCAAACACUAGAGGAGUGGGCUACAUGUGUAAGACCAACUUGUCCUCUAACACAGCAUUCCGUGGAUUUGGAGGUCCUCAGGCCAUGAUGAUUGCUGAAUGUUGGAUAAAUGACAUUGCCUUGACAUGUGCACUGCCUGCAGACCAGGUGAGAUUUCUGAAUUUAUACAAGGAAGGUGAAAUCACACACUACAACCUGAAGCUGGAGAAUUGCACCGUGCAAAGGUGCUGGGAAGAAUGUUUAGCUAUCUCUGACUACCACAAUCGUCAAAAAUAUGUGGAGGAAUUUAAUAGGCAGCACCGCUGGAGGAAGAGAGGAAUAGCUGUUAUCCCUACAGUAUUUGGACUCAGUUUUACAGUCAGGCUCCUGAAUCAGGCAGGUGCUUUGGUGCACAUUUACAAAGAUGGCUCUGUACUUGUUACACAUGCUGGAACUGAGAUGGGACAGGGCCUUCACACCAAGAUUGUCCAGAUUGCAGGUAGAGCUUUGCAGAUCCCAGCUGAUAAGAUCUAUAUUAGCGAAACCAGCACCAACACAGUUCCAAACACAUCUCCCACUUCUGCUUCUGUCAGCUCUGACUUGAAUGGCAUGGCAGUUUAUAAUGCCUGCCAGAUUUUGCUACAGCGGCUGAAACCUUUCAAAGAGGCUAAUCCUAGUGGAACAUGGGAGGAAUGGGUAAUUGCUGCCUAUAUAGAUCGAGUUAGUCUUUCAGCCACUGGAUUUUACAAAACCCCAGAAAUUGGAUAUGACUUUGAAAAGAGUGAAGGAAUGGCAUUCAGCUAUAUGUCAUAUGGAGUGGCUUGCUCUGAAGUUGAAGUUGACUGCUUAACAGGUGGCCAUAUGAAUCUACGUACAGACAUAGUCAUGGAUGUUGGCUUCAGUCUAAACCCUGCAAUUGAUAUUGGACAGGUGGAAGGUGCUUUUGUUCAAGGUCUUGGGUUGUUCACUCUUGAGGAACUUCGUUAUUCUCCAGAAGGCUUCUUGUAUACACGAGGACCUGGAAUGUAUAAAAUCCCAACACUCGGUGAUAUUCCACUUGAGUUCAAUGUGACCCUACUGCGAGAUUCUCCAAACAGCAAAGCAAUAUAUUCUUCGAAGGGUGUCGGGGAACCUCCACUCUUUCUUUCAUCUUCAGUGUUCUUUGCUAUUAAGGAUGCAAUUGCUUUUGCCAGAGCUGACUCAGGAAUCACUGGACCUUUCAGACUUGAUAGCCCUGCUACCCCAGAAAGAAUACGCAAUGCCUGUGUUGACCAGUUCACCAAAAUGUGUCCUUCAGCGAAUCCUGGGACUUUCAAGCCAUGGGCUGUGCAAGUGUGAACAAAUAUAGAAAAGACAAAGAAAAUCAUGAUUCCGAACAUAACCUGUUAAGCCACAAGAAUGACACAUAAAUGAAAUUCAGAACAAGCCAUAUUAAACAGUACAAUAUUAUGGACAUUUAUCAGUAUUGUGGCUAGAAAGGAUCUAUUCUAUUAUUGUACAAAUGCAGGAAAAUGCAUUAGUUAUACAUGUACUUGAGUGCAUAGCAAACUUUAUUGUAAAUUGUACUGGAAAGUAUUCUAUUUCCAAAGUUAUCUAAACACGCAUCUUCUUUUGAGAAUUGCUUUCAUUACUGCAUACUUAUGCAAAGCUGCCUUUCAUGUAUACAACAAUUAAUAAUUGUUAACAGUAUAUGCAUGUGUAUAUGUGUGUGUGUGUGUGUGUGUAUGAAUAUG